GUUAUCGGCAAACGGGUAAUGCAGGCCUUCUGUGGCCAUUUCCAGCAGUGACAAGUAGAAGUUCUCUUUUGCGUAACCAGCUGCUGAGCGCAAUAAAUUUUCGGAGGAGCCGCCAGGCAAUUUGAAGCCGCCAACCCAGCCAGGUCUUCUUGUUUUUUAAUAUCGCUUUCUGUCUUCAUGGCUAACAAGCAUUCCCCUGUAAUUCGGAUUUCCCCUCCAGAAUUCCAAUUCUAUCCCCUACGGCAAGGUCCUGGCUUCACAGCUCGUUUGCAUGUCAAGAAUCUAAUUGAAAAUUCCGUUGCCUUUAAAUUCAAGACCAAUGCUCCAACUCGCUACUCUGUCAAACCUGUAUUGGCUGUAUUACAUCCCGGAGAUGCAAUUGAAACAUAUGUUCGCUCGGAAACUCCUAUUAGCGAUCAAGACAAGUUCUUGAUUCAAAGUGUACCCCUUACGGAAGAAGAGUCAGGCUUGGAAAUGACUUCGGCUGAGUGGAAAGCUCUGGACAAGCGACGGAUAACGGAUAACUUUAUCAACUGUGUGAUGAUGAGAGGUUUGCGACCGCGCGUUCAAUCCAUUGAAUCGCGCUCUUCAUCUCCUCCUGUAUCGCCGCGUCUGUCACCGAUCCCGCUUUCGCCGUCUCCAUCGCCCUCCACUCAGCAAUAUAAUCGAUCUGUCCGUCAACACGAUCAAAAAGAAUCUCAAUCCUUUCCUACAUUCAAGAUCGUCAUUUUCAGCAUUAUUUGCAUAUUGAUUGGCUUAUUGAUACCCUUUGAAAAAUUCGCUUUGCUCUUUCCAUCUAAUUGAGGUCAUCCCGUCGUUACCCUACCUCUCUUACUGUACUAUUUUACGCUACAUGUUUCUUUCUUUCUUGGCUUACUUAGAAGUUGAAUUAUUCUUUUUUCCUCUCCUCCUAUUCAUUAGUUUUUAGUAAUCAAUUUUUGGUAAAAAGGCGCCCACACAUUUAUAACGUAGACAAAAAGGUUGACGCAAACCCAGCACAAUAUAAAACAUCGGAUCCAAUGAUGGAAAACCAUAGCACGCACU